UUAAAAGACUACACCCUACUUUACAAAAGAAGAAAUGUCUAAAUUAUUCUAUCAUUUCAAAGCAUAAUUACCAUUUAUUGGACUAAUUUUCUUCAAGUAGCACUGGAAUUUAAAAAAAUCAAAAUAAUAUGUUGCACGCGGAAGUAUUAACUUAUUAACCACUAGGGUUUAUACAUGUAACAGAAGCUUUUGCCAAGAAAAGUCGACACACUAUUUUAAAUAUGGGUGACUGGUACAAUGGUCAUAGGCCGAGAUAUACCCAGCCAGCGUAUGGAGGGUCCCUACCAACGGUCCAGACAGGUCAGAGGUAUGAAGAUUGGGAGAUGGGUAGGGAAACUGGUAUUAACCCCUCAAUGCAGACUAGGUUAAUUCAUGUGCAUGAACAGCGAGGACCACAUUUUAAUCCCAGUGGACAUUAUUACAACAAUGCACAAUCUGAUAAUGUUGACUAUUUGCCAGAAGAUACUCCAGGAUAUCGGCCAUAUGAUCAGUCAUUGCAAGAAGAAACUAACAGAUAUCAGCCAUACGAUCAGUCAUUGCCAAAAGAAACUCCAGGAUAUCAGGCUUAUGAUCAGUCAUUGCCAGAAGAAACUCCAGGAUAUCGGGCUUAUGAUCAAUUAUGGCCAGAAGAAACUCGGGGAUAUCAGCAAUAUGAUCAGUCAUUGCCAGAAGAAACUUCAGGAUAUCGGGCAUAUGAUCAGUUAUUGCCAGGAGAAACUCCAGGAUAUCGGGCAUAUGAUAAGUCAUUGUCAGGAGAGACUCCAGGAUAUCAGCCAUAUGAUACAUCAUUGCCAGAUGAAACUCAAAGAUAUCAGCCCUAUGAUCAGCCAUUGCCAGAAGAAACUCAAAGAUAUCAGCCCUAUGACCAGCCAUUGCCAGAAGAAACACCAGGAUAUCGGCUCUAUGAUCAGCCAUUGCUAGAAGAAACUCCAGGAUAUCAGCCCUAUGAUCAGCCAUUGCCAGAAGAAACUCAAAGAUAUCAGCCCUAUGAUCAGCCAUUGCCAGAAGAAACUCAAAGAUAUCGGCCCUAUGAUCAGUCAUUGCCAGAAGAAAGAUAUCAGCCAUUAAAUCAGUUAUUGCCAGGAAAAAGUCCAGGACAUCAUGCAUAUGAUCGACCUUAUGGUGGUGGAAGAAAUAAUGCCCAACGAUCUCAUGGACUGCAGAAUUUCAAUCAAUUGGGUGGAAUGUCAAAAUCUCGAGGCUACAACAACAGAGGAAGAAUUGUACCAAGCUCAUUUAGUGGAAGACAGUAUAACUCUAGCAGUGGUAGAGGCAAAAAAGCGUUUACUGCACAAAACCAUAGGAAUUUAACCUCAGUGAAAACUUUUUCACCAAAAUAUAAUCCUUCUACAUCAGAUGUUUCAACAAAGAAGAGUUCAACAGGUCCGGUGAAGAUGAACUCUAAAGAAAAAGUUGAAAUAAAUAAGCACUCUGUUGAAAAAGAAUCGAGUGUAACUGUUAGUAUUACACUAGACAAUGAAGAACAGAGUUCAGUUACAGAAGAAACAACAGAAGUCAAUGCAAUAACAGAGCAAGAACCUAAUGUAGCUAAGGAAGAUAAAGAACCUGUCUUAAAUCUAUUUGCAACACUUAAAGAGACUAGUGGAAAACAUGGUUUAACUGAAAAUGAAGAAGAACCAUUAUCUUGUGAUAGCACCCACAAUGCUUCUAACCAUAAACUUGAUAAUCUAGAAGGGAACCCAUUGCAUAACAAUCAACGAAAAGAAGACAAGAUUCUUGUAAAAAAUGUUUCAGAUGUAAGUCAUGGGAUUGACAAUGUUUGUCUAUCUGAGAAAAUGUCAAAAACAAAUUCAAGUUCUGCUUGCUUUUUAGAACCUGAAAAUGACACAUCAGUUAAAUUGGAUGGUAAAGAUGUUAAAAAUUGUGAAGGUUUUGGCAGAGAAGAUGCUGGUUGUGGAGGUAAUGUUGACACAGAAAAUCAAAGUGGCAUACCGUUACCAAGUAUUCAACAAUUGCAGGAAAGAGUCAUGGAGAAGAUUAAGAACAAGUCUCCAAUGAGAAACUUGCUAGCUGAACAGGCUGCCUCUUUGUCUAUAAAAUGGACUGCACACCAAUCAACAAAUAUGAACUCUGAAUUUGAUGAUGGCAAUCAGAAGGAACUUGAUCAUGGUGGUCCAGAUAAUGGCAAUGAAAUAGAAAGAGAAGAUGAAUUUGAUGAAAUUGAAGUUGAAUUUGAUGUUAUCAGUGGAAAUGUAAAACCAAAAGGUGUUCCUGAUAAUGGUAAUGAGAUAGAAAUAGAAGAUGCAUUAGAAGAAAUUGGGGUGGAAUUUGAUGUAAGGAGCAAAACAGAAAGACCAAAAGGGGGUCCUGAUAAUGAUGAUAAAAUAGAAAUUACAGAUGCAUUAAAAGAAGUUGAAUCUGAAUCAAAAGAUGGUCAAGAUAAUGGCUAUGAGAUAGAAAAUAUAGAAAGAGCAGAAGAUGAACAUGUUGAAGCAUCUGGUGUUACUGAUCUUGAGAACAUUGAUUGUGCUGAUGUUAUUAUGGAACAAGAAUGUAGUCUGGAUAAAAGUGAAGUUAAGAAAGAUGCUGCUAUGUUAGACAAAGAAUCUGUUUAUUCAAGUAUUGAAAUGGAACUGGAUUCAUCAGAAAAAUAUCAUGACAUGCUUGUAAAUCUUGAAGAAACAAUGUCAAAGGUUCUUACAUUGAAAGAUGACAACUCUGUUAACAAAAGCUCAAUUAAUAUGAAAGGCUGUAACACCAUAAGGGAAAAUGAAUGUUCAGCUAUGGAUGAAGGGAAUGCAGCUGAUUUAGAGGACCCAGAAGAUGAAGACACCCAGUCCCCACCCCGUCUACCCCAGGGCAGUGGGGCUACUGUCAGGAAAACCCCGGUGAGCCCAGAGUCCUUUCUUGGUAUGAGUGAUGGUGACUAUGAUGAUGAUGAUGACGACGACGAUGAUGAUUUAUUGCAGACAGCACCAGCAUUCUUGAAAUCUGUAGACGAGAUAAUUUCCCGCCCAUUACCUGCCACACCCACGAAGCUCUUUAAAUCCAGCCAGGAUGGUCUCAACUCUAGUGGUAUUGAGCCAUACUUGGAUAGAGAGUCUCCGGUGCCGAAGCAGAUGGGUUACAACCUUGACUCACUCCUAGAUGCUCACAGAGAACAUGUGGAGGUUGAAAAAGAGAUGUGUAUAAUAGAACAGGAGCUUAAGGAUGACAUUCAGAAAGGGGGAUUUGCAAGAAUACUGGAAAAACCUAUAGUGGAAGUCACUGAGUCACCUUUACCAGAAGAGCAUGCAAAAUUGCUUCAGCAUUAUGAUGUGCAUGAGUCUAAAAUCAGGUCAUACCGACCUGGGCUGGACGUUUUCCACAGGGGCCAGUACCUGUGCAGAUUUGGCCCUGAUCUUCGACCUUCACAUUGUGGUUUCAAGGUCAAGGAAGGAUUAAACAUUGAGAAGAUGCUGAAUAGUGUUACCACAGGGCAACUAAAGACAAUUCUCUUCAGUGGGAUCAUCCAGCUCAAGUUUGAUAAAAUUCCAUGCAAGAAUGAACUACUAAGGUGGCUCUUUUUCCUCAUGUCAGUUCAGAAAGAGUACAUUCUACAGACUGGUUGCUGUAAUUUGAUCCUAGACAUCCUUAAGUCGCAGGCCGAUAAAGAGGAAACUAUGUGGGCUCCCAGUCUACCAGACAUUGUGUCAGUGUUCCUGAACUUUGGAGGACAGGAGAGUGUUCUGCUGCCAUCUAGUGCAAUAACAGAGUCUCUUAGAGAGACCUAUUUCCAGCAGCCUGAGUACGAACCCUCGGUUCAAGGUCAUGCACAAGGAUACAAGGAACUAGACAUGACUCUUGUGUUAAAAGUCCUUACCCAUGCAUUGUACAACAAUUCUGGGGUAUACAGUGGAACUGAGCUGAAUACUAUACUCUACAUGCUGUACAAGGCAUCUCUCGAUCAGAAUCUGAAAAACCUGAGCUUGUUUGGAGAGUUUCAGGAGUGUAUUACACAAGUGAUCCAAAACUACACUGACCAAGCCUGGAGAAUAGAGAGGUUAACAGUGUGUCGCAUGCUGGCUAAUCUCUGUUCCCAUCACCAUGACAAAGCACACACCAUACAUCUGAUUCCCCCGACGCCCAUGGGCGUAUAUCUACAGAGGCGGGUGGGGUACAUAAUGAUACACACCCUGCUUGAUAGUGCAGAGACCUUCACAGAUGAUGACCUUAGUUGUCUGGAGAUUCAGGAUUUGGUGCCUUUUGUUGACUGCCUCAAGGAGCUUCUAGAGUCUAACCCAUAUCUGAUGUCCAGUAUUGUCACCAUUCUUGACAAUUGUGUGGGACCCAACAUCACUCUUUCAUCGCAUGAGCGGGAGCAGUUGAAGUCGCUGCUGGAGAAGUUACGCCGGGUGCGAGUGAAAGACGAUCUCAGUGUCAUGGAUCGAACAAUGGUGAAGGACAUGAUUGCCAGGUUGACCAGCAAGUGGACAUUGGAUAUUCAAACUACGAAACACAAACAGAUGAAGCUUUUUGAAUUCACAUCACCAAUGAAAACAAAGAUAACAAAGGUCGAGCAUUCCCAGGACACAGACUCGGAUGAUGAAACUCCAAACAAGAUUCCAAGAGUUGCAAUAACAACGUAACAAAUUGCCAGUGACAUAAUCAUAUUGUAUAUAUAUCAUUUUAAAGGUCAUGUCAAUGCAAUCUCAUAUCCAUAUAUAUUUUAAAAACUUCCAUAAUUUUUAAAAGAGUUAUGGUCCUUUAAAUUUUGAACACUUUGAAAGCACUGAAUUGGCAUGAAAUUAAUUUCAUGUAAAAAUGUUGAUACCAGACAUAUUUAUUACUCUUAGAGCAAAAAAGUGUGUUUAUGGAAUAUAUUAAUUUUAAACUUUGUGUGAAUUAAUGACAAUGAUCUAGGACCAAGACUUACAGUUAGUUUCCAAUUGACAAUGUUAAUCAAAGUGUUCGAAAAUGUUCCGAUCAAAGUGUUGCGAAAUGAUAGAAUCAGUGUUAGAGAAUGCUAGGAUCUUAGUGUUGGACAACAUUAUGAUUAUAGUGGUGGACAAUGUUAUGAUCAAAGUGUUGGACAAUGUUAUAAUCAAAGUGCUGCAAAAUGUUAAAAUCUGUGUUGAACAGUGUUAGGAUAUAAGUGUCAGACAUUUUUAGGAUAAACUGUGGAAGGGAAUGUUAGGAUAAAAAUGUUGGACAAUGUUAGGAACAAAGUGCUAAAAAAUGUUGGAAAAUGUUUGUAUAUAAGAGGAUUAAAGUGUUGGACAAUUUUAGGUUAUAACUGUUAAUCAUGUAUGUUCAGAUUGGCAAUGUUAGAAUGUUUUUAAGCUUAGUGAUGGAAAUCAGCUGAUGGUAUAUGGUUUAUGACAACGAUUUAAAUUUUGUAUGAUAAAAUUUAAAAUCUUAUCAUUAGAAUUCCAAUGUAUCAGAGUAUUUGUUAUUUUUGUCUUUAUCAAAUGUAUUCAUUACAAAUGAAAUAUUUUUAUGUUGAAACAAUAAACUAUGUUCAAAUGUUAA